GUGGAGGAGCGUUUCCUGUGGUCUCCAGCAUGCCUGUGUUCUACACGCCGAUCCCUCAGAACCUAAGAGUGGGUCUGGCUCACGUCAGCGGCUCAGUGUUUAUAAAUAACAGGACGCGAGACAGCGGAGACUUCAGGGACCCUUAUCAGGAUAAUGAAGUGUGUACUGAGGUGGCGUCUCAUCUCCCGCUGCAGAUGCUGCUCUACUUCAACAUCUUCUACUUCCCCUUCUGGUGGAUCUCUGAGGUGCUAAUGCUACACUUAAAGAUCAGUUAUCUUCCGGUGUAUUACCAGUGUCUGCUGGUGACGGGGUUGGUUCUGAUUAGCAUAUUCGAGGUGUUGCGGCUGUAUCUCGGUUAUGUUGGGAAUCUCAAAGAGAAGGUUCCAGAGUUGGCUGGAUUUUGGCUGAUCUCCUUUCUCUUCCAGCUGCCGAUCAUCCUCUUCUUCAUCACUGAUGAAGACACCAUCAUUCUUCCUUUGGAGCGGGCCGUUCACUCUCUCUAUCUGGCUUUCCUGCUGGGCGAGCUGAUGGCCUCGUUUCUCGCCCUACGAGUCAUGACUCGCAAACUCGCCCAGCAGUUUCACAUCAGGCAGUUCGGCCCUGUCCAGGGUCUCCAUACAGCAGAAACCCUGCCUGUGUUUGGACUGCCGUACGGGGGCAGGAGUGUGCUGCCUGUGAGGGACAUUCAGCCUCACUGAUUGAGAGAUGAUGUAUUAUGAAGGUUUAUGAAACCUGGUGGUUAAUGAUCUGGGCGUCUCAUCGAAUCUAAUUGGUACGGUCCUCCACUAUGUGACCUUCAGAAAUAAGUGCACUUGUGUUGCAAUAAGAGUAUGGUACAUGGCAAAGAUACAAAACCAUAACAAGUACUAGUAAAAAGCAGGGUGGCGGCUAGUUGUCACACAGAAGGUUGCCACAAACACUUAGGCUCAGUAACUGUAUGAGGACUGGAGUUCAAACAGUCCAAAACAAUUCAAGUGCAAUUACACAAAUGGAAGUUUUU